UCCGCCGCGCUGACGCGAGCGCGCCGAGCCCGCGGGGACCGACCCCCCGCGCACCGGCAGGGAUCGGCUCGGCUCGGCUCGAUCCCGGCUCCGCUAUGGAGGCGCUGCGGGCGGCCGGGCGCGCCGUGCUGCGGAGCCCACGCCUCGCCCGGCACGGUCUGGGUCUCCGCCGGCGGCGCAAGCUUCCUGAGAGCUGGGCUGAUAUGCAGGAGCCACUGCUUGAGGGGAUGUGCUUCACCCUCAAGUAUCUGGGCAUGACGCUGGUAGAAAAACCAAAAGGAGAAGACAUGGCGGCUGCUGCCAUCCGCAGGAUCGUGGCCACGGCACGGGUUGGAGCUCGCAAGUUUCAGAAGGUGAUUCUGACAGUGUCUCCAAGGGGCAUCUCACUGCAGGAUGCAGACACUAAGGAGAUGGUGGAGAACAUCUCCAUCUACAGGAUCUCCUACUGCACAACAGACAAGCUGCAGAACAAAGUCUUUGCUUAUGUUGCCCAGAGCCAGGAGAGCGGGGCACUGGAGUGCCAUGCCUUCCUCUCACCCAAGAAGAAGAUUGCCCAGGCUGUGACUCUGACUGUGGCCCAGGCCUUUCAGAUGGCACUGGAUCUCUGGGAAGCAACACAUGCAGGCUCUAGGCAGGAUCAGCCCCUUCACCCUUCAUGUGUCUUGGAGAGCAGUGAGGCCGGCAGAGCCCGUGAGCCAGCCUCCCCAGGGAGCACUCCCUUCACACACCAUUUUGGGGAGGAGGAGGAGGAGGAGGAAGAUGAUGAUAAUGUCAGUGAAACCUUGUCUGGAAUUAAUACCUCUUGUGCCCCCAUCGAGCUCUCCUACAGCACAGCUACUGUGCUACCGCCUGGGGCCACCCCCGGACAGCUGGACGGUGCUGCCAGGGGCUGGAGAUUCCCCCAGCACUGGCACCAGGAUUGCUGGCCCCAAGGCUCCCCUGGGCUAAGCCAAAUCUCUGCAACAACGGACCAGCCACUCAGGAUUCACCCUGUGCCUGCACCUGGGCCAGCCAGUGCCUGCCGCUGCCCUGGCACCGCCCUGCUGGCAUGGGGGCUGCUGGCACUGCUGCCAUGGAGUGCACAGGCUGCAGCACCUGCUCCUUGUCCUGUGCUGCCUGCAUGAACCGCCUCGAGCUGCAGCUGCUCCCAGCCUGGGCGGGGGACCCGUGCUCCUCGCUCUGCUCACUCACUGCCAGGCCGUGCAGGCCACCCUGCGUGCUCUGAGCCUGCCUGAUGCAGGCAGUGUACACCCUCAGGGAGGAACAGCUCUUGGCCUGGAGCAGUGCGUGAUGAAGGCCUUUCCCCUGCAGUUCAGCCCCACACCCUCUCACAAAUGAAAUGACCUGGUUUUUAAAGGAAAGCUCUGCCUUUAGAGAGAAAUAAACUGAGUUUUUUACUAUUGUCAUUUGGGUUUGAGUGCUGGAUGGACACCAUGCGUAAGCGUGCAGGGUACUGUGUCUCCUGCACUGCCUGUGGUGAGGGUUGCUGUGCCCCAAGUUCAUGGAGCCUGGAACUCCCACAUGUUCCUUGGCUGCCAACCCUGAGGAAGCAGUUCCUCCUUGUGCUGAGGGCUGCCCUGGCCCAGGGUGCCUAUGUGACUUGGGAAGAGCAGGCUCAGGCUGUGCUGCACUGGUGUCUUGAGCAUCUGUGAAUGUCACCUGGACUGAUAGGAGUUGAUGCUGAGCAUGCUGAGGUCAGGGCAGACACAAGCCCCUUGUGUGCCAGCUGCUCUGAAGUGUCACUGCCUUGCUGCACCCCAGCUCUGCUCUACAGAGGCAAGCCAUGCACUUGGUUUCCUUCCCAGAUGGAGCAGGGGAGGCUGCAGCAUGUCUGUUUUCUUUGGCAAGUGACAGCUUCCAGCUGUGUUCUGGCCAAGCCCCUCACUGCUGGCUUCCUGCCACAUCUCCACACAGCUGCCCUUCUCAGGCUGGUUGCACUGGGUGCCCAGCUCAGCCCAGCUGAGCACCGAUGGCUGGCUGCAGCUGGGGUAGCAGGGCCAGUCUCCCAGCAAGUGCCAUAGGCACUGAGGAAGCCUGAGGUGCCAUGGAUCACUCAGGAGCUGUGCAUGGUUUUUUUACUUGAGGUUUUGCAUAUUGAAUGUGGUUUCAUGCCUUUUCUCCCUCAGCUGGGAGUACAGAGCAACAUGUAACUUGUUAGAGUGAGCAGGUCAUUGUCAGGCCCUCAGCUUCCAGCACUCCUCUCUGCACUUCCCUGCCCUCCUGCACAGCCAUAGACUGAGAAGAAGAAGAAGUGGUGACUUGGGGUUUGGUUUGGUUUGGGUUUUUUUGG